AUGGAAGCUUCCACCAUAUCGAAGCCUCCGACAGUGGCGGAAGAGGUGCCUGAUGAGAACAGCGUUAGAGGACGUAAGACAGUAGCCAUGGUUAAGAGCGAGCAUACUUGGCGGAAACGGAAGAACUUCACCCCUGUACGGAGGGACCAACUUUCCAAGCGAGGCAGGACGAGCCCUCGGAAUAAGAAUAGUGCCCAAUCUAUCAGAAGGUUCCUUGCCCCCGUCUCGAAGCCUAGCAGUACCACUACUGGGGUGUUACCACUUACUUUGGACAUUCGUGGGGUUCACGUUAACUUCUUAGACGGCGCCGAGCUCGCCGGGGCAAGGUCCAGUGACAGUGGGGAGGCCUCUGAUUCGAAGGGCUCGAUGGAUGACGAUGAACUAUCGCUUACUGCUCAUGACAUUCAAAAGCUGAGGAGGGAGCUGUUGGACUGUCAGUCCUUCAACGAGAGCCUUAUUGGGGAACGCGAGAGGCACAUUCAAGAAGUGAAGGACUUCAGAGACACCCUCAAGCGAGCUGCGGCUAACAUGAGGGAAAUACUCAAACAGAUGUCACAGCGAAUGCAUUUGGAAAACAAAAAGGAGUUGCAGCAACAAGCUGAACGGUUAGGGAAGCUCAUGCCGUCUACUAGGAGUGCCACUGGGCAUCACUGGAAGGGGGGUACAGAGGAGAAGAGCAUUCUGGAUGCCCAUAAGAGGCUACAGUCCUUUAAGGCACAGCUGGACGAGGAGAAGACACAGUAUAGGAAGCUCUUGAGAAUACGCCGAGCUCGUGCGAAUACGGAGGGUAACGCCACUGCCGCACCUGAGGUCUCUUCCUCCUCGUCUGCUAUGGUCCAGGAUGAGGACACUAAUACUAAGAUACUAGGGUUGGCGGAUAUGCUGCCCACUGACGAGGCUGAAUACCAGAUCCACGAGGCUAAGGAGAAUAUACAAAUGAUGGAGAUGACGCUGAAGAAGACGGAAGCCGACUUGGUAGAGCGGGAGAAUCGACUGCAUGCCGAGAGGACGUUGUUCAACAAGGAGCUCAGGACCUGCAACUCCCAUGAGCAGAGUGCUUUUGGCAACUACCCCUGUCUGGGGAAGAGCACUGACGGCCUCCUUCCGGGGAGGUACCAGUUGAUGACCAUGAUUGGAAAGGGCGGAUUCUCGGAAGUAUUCAAGGCUUAUGAUUUGGAGACCCACAGUUAUGUCGCUGUGAAGAUCCACCAGAUUCGCCCAGACAUGACCGAGGUGGCUCGUGAGGCUUAUGUUAGACACACAUGGCGAGAGUAUGGUAUUCACAAGAGGCUGAAGCACCGUCGAAUUAUACAGUUGUACGACUACUUCCCUAUAGACUGCCAUUCCUUCGGUACAGUCCUCGAGUUCUGUGAGGGCGUUGAUCUCGACACUUACCUGAAGGCUCAUGGGCCGAUACCGGAGAAGGAGGCCAGGGGCAUCAUGGUCCAGGUCUUCAGUGGACUGCGAUACAUGAACAGUGCUGGUCAUAAGAUCAUUCACUACGAUUUGAAGCCAGGGAACCUCAUGUAUUACGAGGGGAAUAUUAAAAUAACGGACUUUGGUUUGUCGAAGCAAGUGGAUCAACAUCAAAACCACGACACGGUGGAGCUCACCUCUCUCGGCACUGGGACGUAUUGGUACUUGCCUCCUGAAUGCUUCGACACUUCGGCCGCUAAGAUCAGCAAUAAGGUGGACGUUUGGAGCUGCGGCGUUAUAUUUUAUGAGCUGCUAUUCGCGCGGAAGCCUUUUGGUCAUGGGAUUAGUCAAGAUCAUCUUAUAAGAGCUGGGACGAUCAAGAACGCUCAUGGCGUGGAGUUCCCUCAGAGCGGUCGGGUCUCGAAAGAAGCUAAGAGCUUCAUUCAACGGUUACUAAUUUACGAUCGUCAACUACGGCCCGAUGUCAUCGAGGCUGCUAAUGAUCCCUACAUACGACGCGUAUAGUAAUGAUAUAUACUCUUUUACAAUGCAGAAGGAAGACU